CAAUAAUUUUCUAAUAAAUAUAUUUAUUAUUUUCACAACAGUCACAGUGUAAAGUGCUAUUAAUAAAAUUUAAACAUGAAAUUGUUAUACUGCCUUAUAAUCUGGGGCCUAAUACAAUUGUUUGCAGUAAAAACUUUAAAUGCCUCCUCCAGCCCUAUUCUCAAUAUGUCAGCUGAAACAAAACGUUCGCCUUUUUAUAAAUAUCAAUUUAUAACUGAGUCAUCAAAGAAAACUCAAACAGUUGAUGAAAUACGAUUUAAAAGAUCGCUAACAUCGAAGGCAAAGCUAUGUACCGAAUUAAGCAAUGAACUGGAAAACCUUUUUACUCAAUAUCUCUCCAGGGCAAUUGAUAUAGUCGUAGCUGUGCGAAAAGUACCUGACUUCUCUCAUCUGCGUACAGAACUCAAAGAUCAUUUAUCGGACAAUAUUUAUGACUUUAUAUUCAAAUACAAUGCUUACAAAGAGAAGAAAGAAUUGUCGAAUUUAAUAAUUCUUUUCUACAACAACAUUAUUAGAAAAUACAUACAUAAUACCAAUAUAAGCAUAAGAUCACGAAUUCUAUUAGCUAAAAUUUUUAAAACCCAAGGAUUGGCUAGUUUUCAAUAUGACUAUAAGAACAAAUUCAAUAGCUUUGCUCAAGAUGAAGUACCCAAGAGAUUUGAACAUUUUAAGACAUUAGCCACACAAGAAGAGUUAAACGAAAUGCAAUUCCUAUUACAAUGGGUGGAUAACUACAAAACUCUAGAGAUAUUCCCAGAAAGAGUUCAAGCCCUGGGUCAGUUGUAUGAGAAACUUAUCAAUAUUUGAAUUGUAAAAGAAAUAUUAUAUAUUUUUUAUAAGUUAACUGAACAAAUAAAAUUUAUAAAAUUAUUAAUUCUUUAAA